CUCUCAGGAAAGCCCGGCGGCAGGAGCAGCUGGUCAGCAAGCGGCUUCUGCGGGAGGACACCACAGCAGAGGAGGGUGGACAGGAUGGAGCAGAGAUCGUGCUGGAUCCUCUCUCCGAGGAUGAGGUUCUUGAGCUGCUCAGAGGUGUGCAGAGGGGUUCAGAGGACAGGAAAAUAUCACUCAGCCGCCUUCGCCGGGCUCUGCAGAACAAGGAGACUCAGCAGAAGUUUGUCAGGCUGGAUGGCAGCAUCCGGACGCUCGUUGGGCUCUUCACCAGCAGCCUGGCUGACAUACAGAUGGAGGCAGCCCGCUGUCUCCACGAGCUGUCCCACUCCAGUGACCCUGCUGUGGCUGAGGCCUGUCUGCCAGUGACCUCCUAUCUCCUCACCUACCUCUCGGGACACAGUGUUGAGUUCACGGAGCUGUGUUUGUACACGCUGGGGAAUCUGGUAGUGGAAAGUGAAGCUGUGAGGAAGCAGCUUCUGCCUCAGGGCAUCAUUCCAGUGCUGGCAUCCUGCAUCCAGUCCCCGCACGAGGCUGUGCUGGAAGGUCUGGGCUACGUCCUCUCACAGCUCCUCCAAGCCAAGGAAGCCCCCACAGAAAUCAUACCCUUGGUUCUGGACUCUGUUCUCCCCCAGCACAUUCUUCGACUGGUUUGCUCUGGCCUCAAGGCUGCAACAGGAGCAGCCGUGGAGUUUGCAUGGUGUCUGCACUACAUCGUUUGUAGCCAUGCAGCUGACGCGGCAUUGCUGUCCCUGGGGGCUUUGCCUGCCCUCACCUCCUUCUUGCUUGACCUGGCUUCUGAAAUCCCCCAAAACACUCCUGAGGGCCUGGAGCUGCUUGUCUGCCCAGUGCUGCGAUGUCUCAGCAACCUGCUGGCGGAGGAGACAGGCUGUGAAGGCCAGAUCCAGGAUGAGCGCCUGCUCAUCGCCCUCUUCCUCAUCCUGCAGUGCUUCCUGCAGCAGCACCCGUUCAUCGUACAGGAGUGUCUCUGGCUGCUGAACAACCUCACAGCGGAUGAGCCUUUCUUCUGCUCCGCUCUGCUCUCCCUGGACUUGCUCCCGGCCCUGCUGCAGCUCCUGUCCUGUUCCCAGAUGGCCAGUGUGUUG